CUCACCCUUCCAACAAACCGCGAGAAACUUUUAUUAAAAGAAAAUGGGCUUGGAGAGAAAAAGGUGCAGAUCCCCACGAAUGCAUCGAAGGAAGAGGUGAAGCAAGUUUUGUACAAGGCCUUUCGUCCAUUACAAAAUUGUGGCGGAUUCGAAAUGCUGUUGUGCGCAGACAACUCGCGUACCAAGUUACAAGUGGUUAAGUAUGGGUCUUGCAAUACCGACGACCUGAGGUGUUUGGGCAUGGGCCGAGUUUAUAUUCGGCCCAUAAAAGUAGAUAUCACUUUGGGGCCGGGGGACAUAGAGGAUGACGAUGAACAUGCGGAGGAGUGCCUGCUUUGUAGGGAGUCUAUCCCACUGCGUGGAAUGCGAGUCCAUAUGGAAACGUGCCGGGGUGAAACAAGGCCUGGAGAAACAUCCGGCGAUGAUCUCCCGCCAGCAUUUGGCGAGAGGAGGGGGGAAGAACGAGAUAACCCAGCAGAACUGCCAGAUCAGCCUCCUGGUGGCAUUGAGCAGAAUUCACCGGAACUGCCAGAACAGCCUCCUCGUGCUACUGAAGAGGCUUCAACUAGUCAUGGCGAGGCAGCCGCCAAGGAAGAGGAACCUGUCCCGUACGAGGAGCAUCUGAGCAAUGCAAUAGAGGAAACAUUAAAAGCUAUGGCUACCUGUGACGAGCCUGUUACCGUCUUAGGGGAGUUCAGGCGAAGGCUACAACGAGGGCGCAUACUUGAUCUUCAAAACGACUAGGAAGUGUGAGGGAAAGACCACUGAGAUAUUUGUCUCUCGUUACCGCCUCUUCGAUGACGCAAUGGAAGAGA